UCGGAAGUGAUAAGUAAACAUGGAGUCCUAAACCACUCGUCUUCUCACCUAUCAUGGUAGGCCUAUGUGAUAAAAUCUGCUGUAAUUGUUAGCGAGAAUAUACGCAGAGUUGGGGUGAACGAGGAUGGCUGUUACCGUUACCGUUAAACCUUACAAGUUUUUUUCGUCCUCCCGCCAUUUGCUUACUGGCUGUUCUCGUUCGUUGUGUCAUGGAAGGGUCGUUGCAUCAUGGCCGUUGCGGCGGAACAUGGAUGCUCCAAAGCCUACUGUUAGAAAAAAAUUGCUCGUUAAUGAUGGGAAAUACGAACCUAUAGCGAAGCCCAAGGUCGAUAUAACGCAGCUGCUUGCGAAAACCUCUCAUGCCCAACCUGUUUCUGGUACUCUACCGGCCAUACAUUCUAAUUGUCAAACAUGGCUGCCUCCAGCUCCAAAAGUGGAAAAACCUCGAUCUAUCUAUAAUGCAACCACCUUAGCAUACUUGGGAGAUUGUAUUUAUGAGCUAUAUGUGCUCCGCCACUUCUUUUUUCCUCCUCUAAAUAUAAAUGAGUACAAUCGCCGUGUAAUGGCUUUGGUGUGCUGUGAAGCUCAGGAUGCAUUGCUCAAUAAACUACUUGAGGGUGAAUUCUUGUCAGAAGAAGAAAGAGAUAUCAUACGUUGGGGCAAGAACAGAGAAUCUGGUAAAACACGAACAGUAAGGCGUGCUGGAGCAGCAGUGUAUAACAGGGCAUCAUCUCUAGAAACUCUUGUUGGAUAUCUCUAUUUAACUAAUGGAAAUCGCUUGGAUGCAUUAAUGAGAAGCAUGGGGUUUUGCACAGAUAUUGUUGCAUAAUUGAUACAUGGACAUUUGAACCUAGCGAACAAAUUGUUAGUUCUGGUUACUUUUGCUAUGUUCAUCAAUUGAGUAUAAGAUACAUAUUAAUUCAUUUUUUCUUAUUCUAAAUAUAAUAUAUGUUUUUAAUUCCA